GGACCAUUCUUUCAUAUGUGGUGGACUUGUAAAAGGGUAAAAGAGUAUUGGGAAAUGAUGCAUAAUGUAUGGGGAAAAAUGUUUUCCCAAAAAAACAGAGUCCUUUUUGUUGGGGAUAAUUCAGACUGAAAUUUCCAGGUGUCAAAAAAGGUUAAUUAUGAAUGCCACUACUGCGGCCCACGUUUUGUUAGCCCAAAAAUGGAAAACGAGCGAGGUCCCAACCAAAGGACAGCAACUUAAGUUGGCAGAAUAUGCGCAGCUUGCAGACUUAACAUAGAAUAAGAGAACAAGAAUAACAUAUGUUGAGAGAAGAUUGGAAAACAUUUAUUGAAUAUAUGGGAAAGAACUGUGUACAGCUGAAAAAGCUAGCAGCAUUAAGAUAAAUUCAGAUAAAUUCAACAGUGUAAAUAAGUUAUGUUAGAUAUAACAAUGGAAUACUGAAAGGUAUAGUUUCUGUAAAAUAUGCAGGGGUUUAUUAUAUGUAAAAUGAACCAUGGAAAGAGAAGAAGGGAAGUCAUUGAUAUUUUAAGGAUGUAAAAAUGAGUACUUUAAACUGUAAAACAGAAAAUUUAAUAAAAAUUAUAUACACAAAGCUUCUCUAUUAAAACAAUUUCCUUCUUCCGCUCUCCCGCUUUUUAAAGCUGAUUUUUAUUGAAUUUUUUACCAUUAAAAAACCACAUAAAAACAAAUGGGACACAGACUUGACUCUAAACUGGGUGCGGUUUGCAAAUGCUCAGAAAGAAGGAAACAGUCAAACAGUCAUGGAAAAGUUACAGCCGCUCGAUCUUGAGGAGCCUUCAUGAUGUUGCCGAUUCUGCUCCUCGUCGCGGUGUGCCAGCUUAUCUCGCCAGGGAGCACCGAGGUGGUGACCUCUUUUGAAGACUCCUGCCCCCAGUUUUUCUUCAGAGGAACCCCUCCGAGUAUUGGGCUGGGUCCCCCGCGCCCAGCUCAGAUUUGCCAGCGGUACAAAAACCAGUAUCGUUUCGCCACUCUGUAUGACCGAGACAAUCGCAUCCCAGUUUUUUCUGCGUACAUCUACAACCCUGGGCAGGCAAAGAGGCCGAAUACAUGGAGGAUUGAACCCCAGCUCUUGGAUUUAACACUGCCGCCUGAAAUGGAAACGGAAGGGUCUCUCCUGCAGAAAGGUGGUGUCAUGCAGGAAGCACUUGAAGGCAGCCAGGCCGUUUUGCUCGAUUACAAGAACCUGACCGAUUUCAACAGGGGUCAUUUGAACCCCAAUGGCCACCAGCCCGACCGGGAUGCCAAGUCUUCCACUUUCACGUUGACCAACAUUGUGCCACAAUACAUAAAGCUGAACGGCGGGGCCUGGAACUACUACGAGCAAUCGACGAUGGCAAGGAAGACCGAAGGAUGCAAAGAAACCUUUGCUGUGGUGGGCGCAGUGCCAGGGGGAAGCUUCAUCGCCAAAGGGAGGGUCAACAAGCCCAGCCAUGUAUGGUCUGCGGCCUGUUGUGUCAUAGACAACAAUCGCCUGAGAUCUUGGGCCAUAAUUGCCCGGAAUGAUGAAAACGCAGUGCAGACUCUCACUCUGGGGGAGUUGGAGGAGAAGCUUGCAGAGUUGUAUAACCAGAGUCACAUCUCUCUGUUUGAUAGUGAUUGUCCCCGGGAAUAAAGCAUUGUCCACAGAGACAUCCUGCACGAAUCUGGUGGAUUUCAAAGUAUACAUUAUGUUAGUCACGUGUUUUGUUGGUCACAAGGUUUGACCUUAAGUACAAGGAUUUUUACAAAAUGUUGUAAGUAGUCAGCUUGGUUUUAUUCUUUGGCAAUUAGUCAUAGCUGAGUAAAAUUUUCUUCCAUAAACAGAGUUUUGACACUAGUUACAGGUAGGUAGCCGUGUUGGUCUGAGUCGAAACAAAAUAAAAAAAUUCCUUCAGUAGCACCUUAAAGACCAACUAAGUUUUUAUUUUGGUAUGA